AUGGCUCUCCGCCCCUUCCUGCUGCUGCUGCUGCUGCUGCUGGCUGCCGCCCUGCUCAUCGCCCAGGCUCAAGGCAUUGGAAGCUCAGCCUUGGACUGCUGCCUGAAGAACAGACCUUUGAAGAAGGAGAUCCUCGGUGGUGUGGUGACAUCCUACCGCCACCAGGGACCCGAGUCGGGCUGUUACCUCCGUUCUGUUGUGCUCAUCACCAAGAGGAACAGGAAAAUCUGUGCCUCUCCCACUGACGACACUGUCCUGAAGUUGAUUCAGCAGCUGGACAAGAGGGCCAAGAAUGACAAGAACAGGAAGAAGGGGCAGACCCAGCGUCCCAGGGGGAGACCCAAGAAGCAGAGGCGGCAGCGGGUCUAA